AUGGCAACCCCAUCACAAGCUCAGGCCGUCAAGUCGCUCAACAAAUCCCCAGGACGCCGCCGUUUUGUCUUCAAGAGCUUCUCUCAGAGACUAGAAGAAGUUGAAGUUGAUGUAUUCCGAAGCCUUGAUAAAGUUAAAUCAGAGCCGCAAGCGGGCUCUACGUUUUUCCGGGACUGCCUCGUAGAAUGGAGGGAAUUGAACACGGCUGAAGAUUUCAUCGCUUUCUAUGAGCAAAUGACGCCAUUGGUCCAAACAUUGCCUUUGGUGUUGUUGCAUAAGGAAACCAUAAUCUCAGAACUCCUUUCUAGAUUACAGAUGAAAGCAAGGUUGUCGCUUGAACCCAUUCUCAGGUUAAUUGCAGUCCUGUGUAGAGAUCUCCUAGAGGACUUUAUCCCGUUCUUGCCAAGGAUUGCUGACUCUCUUGUGUCUCUCCUAGAAUGUGGUGCCGAUAGGGAGCCAGAGGCCAUUGAGCAGAUCUUCACAUCUUGGUCAUCUAUUAUGAUGUACUUGCAAAAAUAUCUUGUACAAAAGCUUGUGCAUGUUCUAAAUGUUACUGUAAAUUUGAGAUAUUAUCCAAAAGAUUACAUCCAAGAAUUUAUGGCAGAGGGGAUGUCAUUCUUGCUGAGAAAUGCACCUUUUGAGCAGCUUAAAAAAGGUGUCAAACAGAUCAUGUUUGAAGUUGUGCAGAAAUCAAUACCUGUCAGAAAAUAUGGAGUCAGUGCUUUACUAUAUUUUGUCAUGCAAGGGACCUCAUCAAGGUUCCAUUCUAAAGCUGAGCAAGUGUUGCAUUUAUUGAUGGAUGACUUGAUACUUGGUAUUGGUGAAAACUUCAGCCAGGGUUCAGACACUGUUGUUGAAGUCUUAAUUUCUGCAUUACAAAGAUUAUGUGAUGACUUGGACUCCAAGGAGUUGAACUUAAUGUUCAAUUGCUUAUAUCAGGAAAUAACUGACUCUGUAAUUAAUGGAGGUGUUGAACGUUUAAGCUGCCUGUUGUCAUUGCUUGUUUCUACUGUUCAAGUCAAGAAUGGCCAAAAGGUUUCUGAUUACCAACAAAUGCUUGAAAUUGUGGGUUUGCUUGUGCGGACAUUUAUCAUGCCUUCUGGCAUUACAAUGGCAGAGGAACAUUCAUCUGAUGUUGUGGAUAAGGUUUUGCAGUUAAUGCUCUGUAUUCUUAGUGGACUGCACAGUUACGAUGAUAUGUCAACCAUAUCUAGUUGUUCAUUGCAAUGGGCUCCUGUAUUUGAUCUAAAGAACUCAAGCUUGUUAGGUUUUAUUCGGCAACUUUUACAAAAGGACGUUUGCAUACUAGAUAUCUUCGCAGUUAACAUUUUAAGGGCCAUGAAUGAUUUAUUAGAAACUUCACAGGAAGAUGUAAUUUAUUUGUUACUCACCUUCAAUGAAAAACUACAAAUGGAAACCCAAAGCUUGACCUUCUUAGAUAGAACACGUGAAGGAGUUCCAAGGAUUCAAGGUUUUAUGCGUGGGUCUAUCAGCAAUUGGGUUGGGCUUUUAAAGGGUAUUGUAAAUGGGGAUUCAUCAUCCACUUUAAUUCAUGAAGCUGACUUGGCCCUGCUGUGGGGAGUCAUUAACUGCUUUCCACAAAUAGCAGAAUCCAAAGAAGAUUUUUCGCUGUUGAUGGAUUUGAUGGAUGCAGAUGAUCAAAUUCUGAUGAUUGAAGCAGAGAAUAUUGCAGGUUUUCCUAAACACACUUGGGAGAGCCUAAUUGGUGCUUCCUUAAAUUCCUAUUGCAAACUUGCUCGUGGUAAAAAAUCUGAGCUUGACGAAACAAGCAGAUUUUUGCAUCUUGGAAAUAGACACAAAUCAUGUCCACAAGUGUUGGUUGCUGUUGCUGAUUUUUUGGAUUCCGUGUAUGGGCCUAUUAUGGAAGGAGACACCAAGUCUAGAACUUAUCAUCCAGAACUACAAGCGGAUAAAGCCAUAGAUGCUUUGGACAUAUUUGCUGAUAAUUUGUGCCACUCAGACAGAGGGAUUCGUGCUUCAACUCUUAGAAUAUUGUGCCAUUAUGAAACUCUAAAUUGCAAUAUUUGCACAGAGGAUGAGCCAGUUGCGAAGAAAAUGAGAACUGAAGUUUCUCCUACUUGUCAUGUGGAUAACCAAGGCUUUAAUGUUCUUCCACUCCUUCUCUCAAUCGAGUCAACUCCGCUUUCAAUUUCUACCAGUAGGAAAGUUACUCUAUUGAUUUCUAGAAUACAGAUGGGCAUCUCCGCUGGAAGAAUAGCUGAAGCUUAUCUGCCCCUUGUUUUGAAUGGGAUGAUUGGUAUCUUCCAUAACCGGUUUAGUUAUCUUUGGAAUCCUACAUCGGAGUGCCUUGCAGUUCUGAUUAGCCAAAAUACUGGACUUGUAUGGGAGAGAUUAGUUCAUUAUUUUGAACAAUGCCUAUCGAGAUUUCAAGCGUCUUUUGAUCAAGUUGAGGAAGUAAAUUCUAAGUUGUCCAACAAGUCAAGUGAUCUGGUUGAAGGCUUUAAUUUGUGCAUUACUUCCAAGUCUGAUAGUACGCCUUCUGCAGCAGUAUUAUCUUCUUUGCUUCAAUCUUUACAAAGAAUUCCAACCAUAAUUGAAUCCAAGUCCCGUCAGAUUAUACCUUUGUUUUUAAAGUUUCUGGGCUACAAUUGCAAAGACUUUAAAAGCAUUGGGUCUUUCAAUCCGAGUGUUUGUAAAGGCAAAGAGUGGAAAGGUGUCCUCAAAGAAUGGUUAAACCUGCUGAAACUGAUGCACAACCUGAAGUCCUUCUAUCAGAAUCAGUUUCUUAAAGAGGUCUUACAAAAUAGGCUUUUGGAUGAAAAUGAUGCUGAAAUACAGACAAGGGUUCUUGAUUGCCUGUUAAUCUGGAAAGAUGAUUUCCUGCUCCCAUAUAGUCAACAAUUGAAAAACCUAGCCAGCUUCCAUAAUUUGAGAGAAGAAUUAACAACAUGGAGUUUAUCCAAAGAGUCUAAUCUAAUUGAAGAAGAACACAGACCUGACCUUGUGCCUAUGGUUAUCCGUCUUCUGAUGCCCAAAGUUCGCAAAUUGAAGAAACAUGCUUCUCAGAAGCUUUCAAGAGUAAAUCAUCGGAAGGCAGUUCUUAGUUUCAUAGCUCAAGUUGAAGUUGAAAAGCUUCCUCUUUUCUUUGUGUUGUUAAUAAAGCCCUUGCAAAUUGUUUCAAUGGGAAGUGACGGUGCUGCAAGCUGGUUUUGGACCUUGCCAAACGGUUCCUUGGCUGAAUUUCAAGCAUUGGAUUUCUUAAAAUAUUUCACUUUGAGCAAUAUAUCAGCCCUAUCUUGGAAGAAAAGAUCUGGUUUUCUUCAUGUGAUUGAAGAUAUCCUUGGAGUUUUUGAUGCAUCGCGUGUUGGCCCCUUUCUUGAUUUUCUAAUGGGGUGUGUCGUUCGAAUAUUAGGAAGCUGCAGUUUAAGUCUUGAUGUGGCAAAAGGCAAUGGAUCUUCGGUUGAAAAUUAUCCAGAUGUGGACCUUACUUUGCUUGGAAAAGACAAUCUCCACAACUUUGAGGCAGUUAAGGAUUUGAGGUCAUUAUGUCUGAAAAUUGUAUCCUUUGUUCUCAAUAAGUAUGAAGAUCAUGAAUUUAGUUGCGAGUUCUGGGACUUAUUCUUCAUGUCAUGCAAGCCUUUAAUUGAUGGUUUCAAGCAGGAGGGACCCAGCGGCCAGAAACCUAGUUCACUAUUCUCUUGUUUUCUUGCUCUGUCUAGAAGCCAAAAACUUGUACCACUACUGUAUAGGGAACAAAAACUUGUUCCUGAUAUACUUUCAAUUCUAACCGUCACGUCAGCAUCUGAAGCUAUUGUAUCUUGCGUUCUUAAGUUUGUUGAGAACCUUUUGAAUCUUGAUCACGAGUUGGAUGAUGAAGAUAGUGCUGUAAAAAGAGUUAUACUCCCGAACCUUGAAGCACUUAUUGAUAGCCUGCAUAGUCUUUUUCACAGUAAUAAUGCUGCCAAGAGGAAAUUGUUUAAACAUCCAGGAGACGCAGAAACAAGAAUUUUCAAAUUUUUACCGAAGUAUAUAAAAAGUGCAGUGCCAGCCAGGAAAUUUGUGGAUAUAUUGCUUCCAGUUUUAGCAAAUGGAACUCAAAAUUCAGAUUUUUGUUUUGAAGUGGUGCAAGUAAUUCGUGAUAUUGUUCCAGUAUUGGGGAGUGAGAUUACAAAUAAAAUUCUUAAUGCAGUAUCUCCCCUACUUACUUCUACUGAUCUAGAUAAGCGUGUUUUUAUCUGUGAUCUUCUGGAUGCUGUUGCUAGAGUAGACCCUUCUGUUCACUUUGUGGCAAAACUUGUCCAGGACUUGAAUGCAACCUCUAAUACAGAAUUGGGUAGCCUGGAUUAUGACAAUGUUGUCAAUGCUUAUGAAAAGAUCAGUGUUGAUAUAUUCUAUACAAUUCGAGAGGAUCAUGCAUUGGUCAUUUUGUCUCAUUGUGUCUAUGACAUGUCAUCUGAAGAAUUAAUCUUGAGGCACAGUGCUUACAAGUCAUUGCGUUCAUUUGUUGAAUUUGCUGCCCUCAUACUUGGCCAAGUAGUGAACAACCACUGUGAAAUGCCUGAUAUGCCUGACAAGAUGUUGGCCUCUGAUAAUUGUUAUUGGACAAGAGCAUGCAUUCAGAGAAUAACAAGCAAGUUUCUUUUGAACCAUAUGGGUAAUGCUUUGAAGAGAGGAACUUCUAUUAGAAAGGAAUGGAUUGAUUUACUAAGAGAAAUGGUGUUAAAACUCCCAGAAGUGGCAAAUCUGGGUUCAUUGAAGGCUCUUUGUGAUGAAGAUGCUGAAAUUGAUUUUUUCAACAAUAUCGUUCACUUACAGAAACAUAGGAGAGCAAGGGCUUUGUCACGCUUUAGGAAUGUUAUCAAUGCCAGCUAUAUGCCAGAGGGCAUCACAAAGAAAGUGUUUGUACCCCUCUUUUUCAAUAUGUUGCUGGAGGAGCAUGAAGGAAAAGGAGAACAUGUAAAAAAUGUCUGCAUAGAGGCCCUUGCUUCAAUUUCCAGUCACAUGGAAUGGAAUUCAUACUACACAUUGUUGAUGAGAUGCUUUAAUGAGAUGAUCAAGAAUCCUAAUAAACAAAAGCUCCUUCUGAGGCUCAUCUGUUCUAUCUUGGACCAGUUUCACUUUUCAGAUGCCGACGACUCUUUGGAUAAUGUUUCCAACACAGGGACCACUGAUUCUGGCACGUCAAUCUUGCGUAGAUGUAGUAGUUCUGUUUUGGCAAAUGAAAUACAGACAUGCCUUCAAAAAGUUGUGCUUCCUAAGAUACAUAAGUUACUGAGUGAUUCUGAGAAGGUCAAUGCUAACAUCAAUCUUGCUGCACUGAGAGUAUUAAGGUUGCUACCGGGAGAUGUAAUGGACUCACAGCUUCCUAGCAUUGUUCAUCGAAUUUCAAAUUUUUUGAAGAAUCGAUUAGAAAGCAUCCGUGAAGAAGCUAGGUCCGCUUUGGCUGCUUGUUUGAAGGAGCUGGGGCUGGAAUACUUACAUUUUAUAGUCAAGGUUUUGCGAAGUACAUUGAAACGGGGAUAUGAGUUACAUGUGUUGGGAUACACACUGAACUUUAUUUUGUCAAAGUUUCUUGUCACUCCAAUUAGUGGGAAAUUGGACUACUGUUUGGAAGAUCUCCUUUAUAUUGUACAGAAUGACAUUCUUGGAGACGUUGCUGAGGAAAAAGAUGUUGAAAAGAUUGCUUCCAAGAUGAAAGAAACUAAGAAGCAGAAGUCUUUUGAAACCCUGAGAUUGAUUGCUCAAAGCAUAACAUUCAAAAGCCACGCCUUGAAACUUCUAUCCCCUGUUACUGCUCAAUUCGAGAAACAUUUGACACCAAAAACCAAGACAAAAUUGGAAAGUAUGUUAACUCACAUAGCGGCUGGUAUUGAAUACAAUCCAACUGUUGAUCAGACUGACCUAUUUAUAUUUGUAUAUGGUCUGAUUGAAGAUGGAAUAAAUGAAGAAAAUGGCCAGGGUGAGAAUUUGUUUAUUACACGGGUAAAUGGACGCCGUCGAAAUGAUUUGACUGGAAAAGCUGUUUCGUCAGGCUGUGUUGCAGGUGCUAAAUCAGUAUGUUCACAUCUUAUUUCAGUGUUUGCUCUUGGGAUAUUUCAGAAGCGCAUAAAGAAUUUGAAAUUGGGAAAUAAUGAUGCACAAAUGUUGUCAAUGUUAGAUCCGUUCGUCUUACUGUUAGGUAAGUGCUUGAACUCCAAGUAUGAAGAUGUCGUAUCUGCAUCACUUAGAUGCCUCACCCCACUUGUCAGGUUGCCUUUGCCUGCCAUCGAAUCUCAGGCAGAUAAUAUUAAGGCCGCACUGUUUGGUAUUGCUGAAAGUUCAGUUAAUACUGGCAGCUCUCUAAUGCAGUCAUGUCUGAGGUUGUUGACUGUACUUUUGCGCGGCACCAAAAUCACUCUGUCAUCUGAUCAGCUACAUCUGUUGAUUCAGCUUCCACUGUUUGUUGAUCUUGAGAAGAAUCCCUCCUUUGUUGCUCUUUCACUUCUAAAGGCAAUUGUUAACCGCAAGCUAGUUGUUCCUGAGAUUUAUGAUCUUGUAACUAGAGUUGCAGAAUUGAUGGUAACGAGCCAAGUAGAACCAAUUCGUCACAAAUGUAGCAAGAUUUUAUUGCAAUUCUUACUUGAUUAUCGUCUCUCUGAAAAACGCUUGCAACAGCAUUUAGAUUUUCUGCUGUCAAAUCUGAGGUAUGAGCAUUCGAGUGGAAGAAAAUCCGUGCUUGACAUGCUCCACACAAUUAUUGUUAAAUUUCCAAAAGGCGUUGUGGAUGAGCAAUCCCAGACAUUUUUUGUCCAUUUGGUGGUUUGCUUGGCUAAUGAUCAAGAUAAUGAAGUUCGUUCCUUGGCUGGUGCAGCUAUAAAAUGUCUCACUGGCUAUAUAAGCCUACAUUCAUUUCGUUCCAUUCUUGAGUACAGCCUAUCUUGGUAUUUGGGUGCAAAGCAACAACUGUGGAGUGCUGGGGCACAGGUUUUGGGAUUACUGGUUGAAGUCAUGGAGAAAGGAUUUCACAAGCAUAUCAACAAGAUAUUGCCAGUUGAAGUCAUGGAGAAAGAAUUUCAUAAGCAUAUCAACAGAAUAUUACCAGUGACUAAAUGUAUCUUACAGUCUACCAUCAAUGCAGUCACUGAUGGGCAACUAGAUUUUUCUAAUGAAACUAACAUUCCUUUAUGGAAGGAGGCAUAUUAUUCAUUAGUGAUGCUGGAGAAAAUGCUGCAUCAGUUCCAUGGUCUAUGCUUUGAUAGGGAUCUUGAGGAUAUAUGGGAAGCAAUUUGUGAAUUACUGCUGCAUCCACACAUGUGGUUACGUUGCAUUUCCAGUCGCCUCAUAGCUUUCUACUUUGCUGCUGUCACAGAGGCAUGCGCUAAAAAUCAUGAAAAACCAUUUGGGACUUACUAUCUUAUUAGACCAAGUAGACUUUUCAUGAUAGCCGUUUAUCUCUGCUGCCAAAUGAAGACACAGCUUGUUGAUGAUGCUGCAAGUAAUUUGAUUACACAAAAUCUUGUGUCCACUAUUUGUGGGGUGCAUUCGUUGGUGGGACAAACAGAGUGUGCAGAUCCCACCCAGUUCUGGUCCACCCUUGAACAGCAUGAGCAGGGCUGUUUUCUUAAAGCUUUUGAGUUGCUCGAUGCUAGAAAAGGAAGGAUCAUGUUUUUAUCUCUUACCUCUGGAAUAUGCGACAAAAAUAAUGAAAGCCCCUCUAAGAAUAUUCGGUACUUGCUUGUCUCCAGCCUGCUCAAAAAAAUGGGAAAAAUUGCCCUUCAAAUGGAGGCUAUUCCAGCUAUUACUAUUGGUGACAUUAUGAAAAUUGUCUUUGAUAGUUUUGGAAAAAUUUCAUCCGAAAUAAGUCAGGAAGACUGCCUGCUUCAUGCCUCUGAAAUCUUGCUGCCCUUGUAUAAAGUUUGCGAAGGAUUUUCUGGGAGAGUGAUUCCUGAAAAUAUGAAGCAAUUAGCACAAGAAAUUUCUGAACGUGUACGAAAUAAACUAGGCGUACAAAAUUAUGUACUGGUUUACAAUGACAUCCGGAAGAAUCUCAAGGCAAAGAGGGAUAAGAGGAAACAUGAAGAAAAGCGCAUGGCUGUUACUGAUCCUAUGCGAAAUGCAAAGAGAAAAUUGAGGAUUGCGGAGAAGCAUCGUGCCAACAAGAAAAGGAAGAUGAUGACAAUGAAAAUGGGGAGAUGGACGCAUUCCAAGUCAAAGUAG